AUGGCUGAAGCACCACUCGUCCUCGUAACCGGCGGAACUGGCUUCCUCGCAGGCUGGAUCAUAGUCCUCCUAUUCCAUCAAGGCUACCGCGUCCGCACAACGGUCCGCACCCUCUCGCGGGUCGCCGAAAUCAAGUCUUCCCUCCGCGCAGCCGAAGGCAUCACUGAGUCGCAAAUAUCUUCGUUACAGGUCGUCCAGGCCGAUCUCCUCAAAGACGAGGGAUGGGCCGAAGCUGUCAAGGACGCUACAUAUCUGCUGCAUGUUGCCUCCCCAUUUCCGCCUGCAUUGCCAAAGCACGAAAAUGAUCUCAUCAUCCCUGCCCGUGAUGGUACCCUGCGUGUUCUUCGGGCUGCUCGUGAUUCUGGGUCCGUCAGCAGGGUUGUGAUGACUAGUAGCUUUGCGGCUGUGGGAUACGGACAUCCCAAGGAACGUAGCCAGAGUGGUGACCCUUAUACUGAGAAAGAUUGGACAGAUCUUGGGCCAGGUAAUACUGUACCGCCUUACAACAAAUCAAAAACACUGGCCGAACGAGCUGCAUGGGAGUUCAUGAAGAAGUUGGAGAGUCAGGGUAACAGCAAGCUCGAGCUUACUGUCAUCAAUCCAACCGCUAUUCUAGGUCCCGCACUCGGUAAAGACGACGCAUCCAGUCUACGAACGGUGAGUGAACUUCUGGACGGAGCUAUACCAGGCUGCCCAAGACUUCAAUUCGGAAUUAUUGACGUCCGCGACUGCGCUGAUAUGCACCUGCGCGCUAUGACGGACCCAAGGGCAAAAGGGGAACGAUUCCUGUGUGUCGGAGAAGGAAGUCUUUGGAUGGAAGAGAUAGCCAAGAUUCUUAGGAAAAAUCUCGGACCAAAGGGAACAAAGGUGCCGACUAUGGUUUUGCCGAAUCUGGUGAUGCGAGGUGUGGCGCUCUUCUUGCCUGUUGCGCGGCUCGUUUUGGGGGAUUUGGGUAUUUCGAAGGCCAUGAGCAAUGCUAAAGCGAGGGAAAUGCUUGGUUGGAAGUGGCAGUAUAGCAGUGAACAAGCGGUGAUGGCGUCAGCUGAGAGUCUUAUCAAAUUCGGGAUGGUCAAUGUGUAG